CCCUCGUCUCAGUCUCUCUCUUCCAGUCUCUCUUCCAGUCUCUCCUCUGCUCGAGCCACUUCGUGCAACAACCCCCUCACCACCCACGCAGUACCACUCGGCACCGCCCACCCCCGACACCCUCUCUCACCCACGACAACGUCCGACGGCUGGCCAGUCGCUCAUUGUCCCAACCCUCCUUGUUCUCUCCGACAGACGUCCCCUCCCUCCCUUCGCACUUUUGCAACACUCGCUCGCUCGCUCGUUCGCAGCUCGACUACUAUUGUCCUGUGUCCAAGAGACAAGGCCACGCACGCACGCACAAAGCACCUCUUGCGCAUCCCACACUCGUUCGACACACACCAACAACGACCGCUCUCACAACACCCCCUCGCCUCGACUCCCUCCCUUCUCGCACAAUGCGCAUCGCCCCCGCCGCCGUGCUCAUCCUCCCCCUCGCCCUGGCGGCACAGUCGGCAGCACCUCACAGGCGCCACCACUACCGCCGCCAGCUCACCAUCACCGAGUCGCAAUCGGGUAAUGGCAACCUAGCCCAGUCUUCUGGCAGUGGCAGCGGCGUCGCCGUCUCGGACACGCCGACGACGUCCGCGCCGGCGGUUACUACGACGGCCGCGGCGCCGACGACCACGCCUCCUGCGCCUACCACUAGCGCUGCUGCACCUACCACUGCUGCGCCGACGACCUCGGCCGCUGCCCCGCCCACGACGUCGGUGCCCAGCUCGGGCGUUCCUGCGUCAAACGACCCCUCGCCCUCUUCGGCCGCCCCGACCACGAGCGCUGCCGCUCCCACUACCACGGCUGCUACCCCCACUGACCCGACUACGAUCACGACAAAGGACUCGACGACGGCGUCGUCGAGCUCGAGCUCGGCCGGCACGCUGUCCAUCCUCUCGCCUUCGAUUGUUCACCCAACGGCCAAGCCCUCGUCUUCGGCUUCGGGCUCGGCUGCUGCCGACAAGUCGUCGUCUGGUGGCCUGUCCAAGGGCGCCAUUAUCGGUAUUGUCGUUGCUGCUUCGGUUGUGGGUCUGGCUGCCAUCAUCUGGACGGCUAUUCGCAAGUGGAAGCUCCGCCCGUCCAAGCGCUUUGACUCGCGCAUGCAGCCCAUCGACUUUUCGCCCGACAACCGUGAGCUUGGCGACGACUUCCUCGAGAAGACGCUUCACCGCUCGGCUUCGAACGCGUCGGCCGACCGCCAGCGUCAGCAGUUUGUCGCCGACCUCGACCACGAGAACAACCUCACCGCUGGUGUGCCCGAGCACGACUUUACUGCCGGCUCGGGUCACGCUGCGACCGGAUACCCUGUGUACGACCAGUACGGCAACCCUCACCCUGCUCACGACGGCGGAUACUACGCCAACGACGGCUACGGUGGCUACCCUCCUGAGGUGGCGGCCACUGGCUACCCUCCUCAGCCUGGUACUGCUGCCAACUACAAUUACGAGUACCCUUCGCAGGACCAGCAGGCGCACGGCUACGCCGAUGUGCAGCGCGGUUCGUCGCCUCCUCACGUGCAGCAGCACCCUGCCACCGCGCCCGGCCAGGCCGGCUGGUCUGACCCGCUCGCCACGUCCGACUUCCAGCUGAGCGGCCGCCCAACAGCGGGCGAGGGGCCAUACGCCCAGGCCGCAACGUACCGGUACUAGGCGCAUGUGUAGGCUAGGCUCGUAAUUAAUACCUCCCCCCAACCCACCCCACCCCCUUCUCGUCGCGAGCGCGUUAUAUUUGCGCUCGCGACUGCGCGACCCGCGCCCCCCUCGCCCAUGCAACGGUGACA